AGUUAAAUGGUUCUUUGAUUUGUCAUUUGUGAAAAAUGAAAUGAGAAUUUAGUUCAACGUGUUUGUGUGAGCAUUCAACCCAUACUAUAGUUUGAAGUCAACUAGAGUCGCGAGUAUCGUAUUCGCCACUUGGACUUGUUUGUUAAAAUUUAGAAUACAAGUGACCUCAUUGGUUAAACCACCGUCACAAACCCCAUUAGACAAGGGUAUCAAGAUCGUUGACCCACUGGUAUUUAUUAUAUUAAGUUAGUUACUCUUCCAGGGAGAUUUGCAACUGUAAAUAGAGUUGUCUUCGUUCACCUUUGAGAAUUUCUUUCUCCCGAACCUGAAACGAAAGGAAACACCUUUAUGGUUCGGGUCAAACAAACGACGCUGGCAGCAGCAGCAGCAACUUGGAAAGCGGUGGGAAUUUCAGCAGCAGCAACACAGCACGUAAGCAAAAGCGGCUCCCUCCCUGUUGUAGUCAAGUAGCUCAUAUUUUUCUAUUCCAAGGUGCAGUGUGGGUUGACAAUUCUGCUGCUGCUGCUGCUGCUGGUGUUAAAUAAAGUCUUCCUCCAAUCUUCUCUCCUCGGCAAAUCACCACCAAACAACAUAAUAAUCUUAUUAAACACCCUCUUCCUUUCGCCGCCGCGUUCCUCCCCUCCACAGCCGCGGCUCUGUUCUUUUCCGGCAUCGCUUCCCCUUUCUUUCUAAUAUUCAAAUCUGAAGUCUGCUGUCUUUCAAACACCUGCUUCUGAAAUUUCAACCCAAUUGACUGAUAUACAAUAGGGGUUGGUUCUUCUAUCCAUCCACUUCAUUUACAUUCUGAUAUCCUUCUCGUUCUCUCUCUCUCUCUCUCUCUCUCUCUCUCUGGCUAGUUUUGGCUUCUGGGUAUUGCUUCAUUUCCCUCUGUUUUCCGUUUGCUGCUUAAAUUUGUCUGCCCUUCUUUUCUGGUUUGAAGUGAUUUUCGCCUUUCUGUAUAGUUUGGGGAUUCCUAGAUUUUGGGUAUGUCUAUGUCAUAUCUCUCCAGUGUUCCUGAGACCUUGUUGUAUGUCAACUUAACGAAUUCAAUUUAUGUUCUUGUGCUGGUAAACUUAAUUGGAGCAUUCCAGAACCUCCUGGGUUCUUUGGCAACUGAGAAAUGAACAUUAUUUAUUUCUAGGAGAAGAAAACUGUGAGUGGAUUGUUGGUUUAGAGUCAGUUGGUGAUGUAAUCUCUAAUGCUUGCUUUGAACUUCUGAAACCAUAGGAUCAGAAUUCAGAAGCACAGCAACAUCUUGUUCUUAGCAUUAUUAGUUAAAGGAAAUGAGGUUUUCCUAGGAUGGCCUAUUGGCAUAAUUGGCACCAUUCAGAGCUCUUUUAUCCCUAAAUCUAUUACCUGUUUGAUUGCUUUGAUGCUGCUGCAACAAGUACUAAGAUCGCAUUAUGUUUGUUUCAUUAUCCAGGCUGGGUAAUCGAAGUCAUUGAUUUGGCACGGUUGUUGUUCGUUUACCAACCUAGGCGGUUUCCUUGGUGUCUCAACAGUUAUGACUUGCUUUUCCUUCUUGUUUCGUCGAAGUCGAAGGCUCGAUUCUUCACAACGACAUGAUGCUGAAGAAGAGAAUGAACUUGCUGGAGUUCACAAUGUCAAAACCUACUCCUACAAGGAAUUGAGACAUGCGACUGAGGAUUUCAGCCCUGCAAAUAAAAUCGGGGAGGGUGGUUUUGGUUCUGUGUACAAGGGACGUCUUAAAGAUGGAAAAUUUGUGGCAGUAAAGCUUCUCUCGGCUGAUUCAAGGCAAGGGGUAGGCGAGUUCUUGGCCGAGAUAAAAGCCAUCUCAGUGGUGGAGCAUGAGAAUCUGGUUAAGCUCUAUGGCUGCUGCGUUGAAGGAAACCACAGAAUUUUGGUCUACAACUAUCUCGAGAAUAAUAGCUUGGCUCAAACACUUCUUGGUGGAUCUUACAGUAAUAUGCAGUUUGAUUGGAGAACACGGACUACAAUCUGCAUUGGAGUAGCAAGGGGACUAGCCUUCCUUCAUGAGGAAGUACGACCAUAUAUAGUGCAUCGCGACAUCAAAGCGAGCAACAUUCUCCUGGACAAAGAUCUAACACCCAAAAUUGCAGAUUUCGGUCUGGCCAAGUUGAUCCCAUCUCACAUGACCCAUGUUAGCACUCGCGUCGCUGGGACAAUAGGGUAUCUAGCACCAGAGUACGCAAUACGGGGACAGUUGACUCGGAGAGCAGACAUAUACAGUUUUGGCGUCCUGCUUGUGGAAAUAGUCAGUGGGAGGUGCAACACAAACACACGAUUGCCAAUUGAAGAGCAAUACCUCCUAGAACGGACAUGGCAACUGUACGAACGCAAGGAGCUCAUAGCGCUGGUAGACACAGCCCUUGAUGGUGAUUUUGAUGCUGAGGAGGCUAGUAAGUAUAUGAAGAUUGGCCUACUCUGCACUCAAGAUGCUCCCAAGCUUCGACCUUCCAUGUCGACAGUAGUAAAAAUGCUGACUGGGGAGAAGGAGGUCGAUGACGGUAUGAUAUCAAAGCCCGGCCUCAUAUCCGACUUCAUGGACCUCAAGGUACGCGCUCAACCUCCUCCUAAGAUGAGGCAACACCAAUCAAUUGCAACAGGGAAGCCUUCUGAAGCAAAGACAUCACCGUCAUCAUCUCCCUACAACAUUUCUUCUUACGACUCUGAAAACCACGAUGACCAUUCCUCCUCCAGAACGUCAACUACCACAUUUGCCACUUCAACAAAUGCAACUACUACAUUUACCACUUCGUAUUGAUGGAGAAUAUAUCUCAACGUAGUUGAGAUCAGUUUCAAUUAGCUUUCUUGCUAUGUGGUCAUAUUUGGGACUUGGGUAUAUAAGGAGAUAUGAGAGAAGUCGGAAAGGAGUUCGCUUUCUUAUUCUUUUUCUCGUGUGUAAAUUAGAGGGCAAGUUUCUCCUUUUCUUUGUUUCUUCAGCAACAUAGUUUUGAGUUGAUAGAGGUUUGGGAGAGGGUAUUCUUUUUGUCUUGUAAAUGAGUUUUAGUUAAUUAGUUUUUAUGUGGAAGAAAGUUAAGUGAUGCUUUGAUCAUUAAUGAGACUGGUUUGUUAUAUUAUCCCAACAAAUGCUAAAUUUGACAAAUGUUACUCAUAACUCAAAUAAAAAUCAAAUGUUACUUUGUACUACUACUCUUACCGAAUUUACCCCGUUAUCAAAUUGGUUCUUUUGGUUUAUAAUCAUUGGCUCAAAACAAUGGAAAAUAUAUCACAAUGGUAGCACAUUCUUCAGUAUGAAAUUUUUGUUAAGUUUGUUUAAGCUAUGAAAAAGUGAGAAGUGAAGCUGAAAGCUUUGCAGCAGCAGCAGCAGCCAGCAAGGCCACUGACUAUUGUACCUUGGGCUUACACAGAAAUCAGCACAAAUCUUUUCCCCAUCCCACAGGCAUCUCGCUUCUGCCGCUAUGCUCGUUGCAGGAAAAGCACUCCCCCUAAAAGAAACAAGUUAACAGAGCGUAAGUAUACUUACACUAUGUUUUCGAAGGAAGGGAGGAAACGGAGGGGAGGUGAAGGAAAAUUAGGAGGGGAGGGAAGAUUUGGAGGUGAAGGGAAUUGAGAGGAAAAUGUUGUUUUAUGGAGGAAAGUGGGAAAGAAAGUGUGCAUUGGGAAGUGUGAUGAUAUUGUUAUUUUAUUGGUUGUAUAAUAUUAAAAUAAUUUGAUUGUAUGUUAAUAUUCUACUUAUGAAUUGUGAAUUAAAUUUAUACUUUCUUUCUAAACUUCACCAGAGAUUGUAUCGGAAAAUUAGUGCUAGGGUAUUUUGUUCUAAAGUCGUGAUUUAACCACAUCAAUUAUUUUUUAAUAAUGAUUGAUCAAGCAUUCUAAAUAAAAUAAAAUUUAUUCAACUUAUAUCAUACAAUAUUCAAAAAACACAACCGUACCGGCGGGUCGGACAAGAAAUAUCGAAUAUCGAACCCAAAAUAGUAGGCACUUUUCGCGGUAGAAAAGGAUUGAACUAUAGUUAAACCACAGUUUUAGUACAAAAUACCCUACUUUCCCGGUAUAAGUAUAACCUCCGGCACGAUUUCCCAUUAGAAGCCCUUCUAGUUCGUAAAUAACACUUGACAUUAGUAGACCAUGAAUUAAACCGAAUUUGGGGUAUGAUACUAUAUAUACUGUAACGUUUAAUUGAUAAAUUCCAAAUCCAAUUCUCUAAACCCAAACCCGAAGUUUGAAUUUGGGGAUAUGAUACUAUACUUCCGGUAUAUAUAAUUAUUAUUAUUAGUCUUUAAUUAACUUAUAAAUUGUUGGCGGAAUUUUCAUUAUCAUGUUAAUUAUCAUAGGAUUAAACUACAAAGUUUACUAUUUUAGUAACGUAAAACAUAUAGAAAGAGGGAGAGAGGGAGAGAGAAAGAAAGAAGAAAUGGGAGAAAGUUGAAGAAAUAGAGAGAGAAAAAAAAAGAAGAAAAAAAAAGAAGUGUAAGCAGCGCCACUUUCUCUCCGAUUUGGAGGGGCACUCUCCACAGUACCAUUUCUUUCCAUUUUCUUUCCUUCUCUACUGUUUCUAGUCUUAAAAAACGGAGGAAACCUCCUAAAAAGCUGUGCUUUCCUCCAAUCUUUUCCCUCCCUUCCAUUUCUUUCCUUCUUGAACACUAGCUUAUAACUCGGCCCGUUGGCCGAAAUGUUCAUAUUUGAUUAUUUAUAACUUUAUGUUAAGUUUAAGUCUAUCAACCUGUUUAAUAUUUUUGAUAAUCUUUCGAAUUAGAUGAUACAUAAAGAAAUAAUAUAUAGGUUGAACACUC